AUGAGUGCUAUAUUAUCAGAUGCUGAUCUAAAUGAUUUCAUAUCUCCAGGAUUAGCAUGUAUAAAACCAGCUGGUGAAAUACGUUCAAAUAAUAAUACAACAAAUAAUGAUUCUUAUGAAAUUCAGAUUGGUUCAAAUGGUGAAGCUUUAGAAGUCUCAAUUGAUGAUGGUACUAUAAAAGAUUUACCAAGUGCUUCUAUUUCAUUACAAGAUUGUCUUGCUUGUUCUGGUUGUAUUACAUCUGCUGAAGAAGUUCUAUUGGCAAAGCAAACUCAUACUUUAUUAUUAGAUGAAAUUAAUCAAUUCAAAAAUGAUAAAAUAUUUUGUCUAAGUAUAUCUCAUCAAUCAAGAAUCUCUCUUAGUACUUAUUUAAAUAUACCCAUUGUUAAAAUUGAUGAAUUAUUAAUAAAUUUAUUUUCGGAAAAAUAUGGAUUUAAAUUUAUUGUUGGUACUGAAUUUGGUAGAAUUUUAUCAAUUACAAAGACAAAUAAUGAAUUAAUAAAUAAAAAAUUACAAAAUAAUCUUAAUCAAGUUCAAUUAUCUUCAAUUUGUCCUGGAUUUGUUCUUUAUGUUGAAAAAACAAAACCUGAAUUAUUACCAUAUUUAUUUAAUAUUAAAUCACCACAACAAAUUACAGGAUUUAUCCUGAAAACCUUAAUAUCAAAACAAAUGUCAAUACAACCCGAUAAAAUUUAUCAUUUAUCAAUAAUGCCAUGUUUUGAUAAAAAAUUAGAAGCUGCAAGACCUGAAGAAUCUGACCCAUUGUAUCAAAAUCAAAUUGAUGUUGAUUGUGUUAUAACUCCAAAAGAAUUAAUUGAAUUAUUUAAAUUAGAAAAUAUUAACUUGAGUGAAUAUAUUACAAAAACUCCAGAACCUCCUUUAAGUCUUUAUGAAAAAGCUGCACCAAAAUUUUGGCCUUCUCCUGUGGAAUCAUGGAGUUCAAAUUUAGGUUCUGUAAGUGGUGGAUAUUCAGAAAAUUAUAUCCUUAGUUUACAAAAUUAUUAUCAAACCCAAGGGAUCCCUACAGAAAUUAAAACAAUUCAGGGGAAAAAUUCUGAUGUUUUAGAAUUUCAAUUAAUUAAUUCAUCAACAGGUUCCAAAUUAGGUUCAAGUGCUAUUAUAAAUGGUUUUAGAAAUAUUCAAAAUUUAGUACGAAAAUUAAAACCUUCAAAUAAAGUUAAAAUUGGUGGGAAGGGAAAUUCAUUAACUGCAAGAAGAAAAGCUCGUUUACAACAAAAAUCAAAUCCUGAGGUGGCAGUUACUAAAGGGGAAGACAUAUCUGCAGACCCAUCAACUUGUGAUUAUGUUGAAGUUAUGGCAUGUCCUGGUGGUUGUAUAAAUGGAGGUGGAUUAAAUACACCAAUAGAUGAUGGAUUGAAUCAAACAAAGGAAUUUUUAAAUAAAAUGAUUUUUAAAUAUUUUAAUGAAUUGAAUAAAAUUAAUGAAUUGAGAGAUGAAAAAGUUUUGGGGGGUUUUAUGGAUAUUUUUAAAAAAGAGAUUGGUGUUAAUAAUGAAAGAUUUUGGAAUUAUAAAUUGAAUCAUAUUGAGAAGAGUAAUGAUAUUUUGACAACUGGUAAUAGUUGGUGA